AUGGGCGGCUGUGUGAAAACCUUGCGCUCACUUGUCUUCAUAUUCAACUUACUAUUUUGGAUUUGUGGUAUUGUUACGAUCGGUCUCGGACUUUGGCUACUUUUCGAUCCGAUAGCAUCAGAUUUCUUCGCACUACAUUCAGCUCACCAUGGAUCAUUCCGAAUUGUCGGAUGGUUGUUAUUGGUGGCCGGAGCUAUCAUGACAUUCGUUUGUUGUUGUGGUUGUUGUGGAGCAUGGAAGAUGAACCAGUGUGCCUUAGUCGGAUUUUUCAUCGUCCUAGUAAUUGUAUUCUGUUUGGAAUUGGCCGCUGCAUAUACAGCAUAUAACAAACAGGAGACAAUAAGGCAAUACAUCGAAAGCAGUAUGUACGACACAAUCCGGAAUCGAUAUGCGUCGGAUGCCAAUUAUAAGGCAGCCUUCGACACGAUACAACAAGAGUUCGAAUGUUGUGGUGUAAAGACGUAUACGGACUGGUUAGGAGCCAGUUGGGACCGAAAAAGUACACAAUCGGAAAGUUCCGAAACCCGGAUAGAACAUGGAAUUGGAGCAGUCGGUGGGGGAAGGGGAAACGGAUAUGGUCGAGUACCAACGUCAUGUUGUAAUGCGCAUGGAAAGGAGACGUAUCCAACAAAUUGUGGGAUCUCUUUCACGCAUGCACCAUUGGAAACCUAUUCGGAUUUUCUACACCCAUCAGGAUGUGCAGACUCCCUUUAUGACUCCAUUUAUCGUCAUUUGGAUAUAGCCAUUGCAGUUUGCGUUAUUGUUGGUGCGAUUCAACUGCUUGGUAUGGUUUUAUCGAUGAUUCUUUGUUGUUGUAUCAGCACGCAAGACAAAAAAUACGACUACUAA